AAUUUUAUUGCUCGCUGCCUUCUCUCCUGCUCCGUUUUGCUCACCCACCGAUGGUGGCGGCCGUCAGCCAGUGGCCGCGUGUGUUGACUCCGAGUCGCCUCGUGCAGAUCAUCCGGCGGGAAAAGGACCCCUCCGCCGCCCUCCGCCUCCUCGACACCGCCCCACUCCGCUACCCCUCCUACCGCCACAACUCCCUCGUCUACUCCGCCGCCCUCGAUUCCCUCCUCUCCGCCGAACCCCUCCCGGUCUCCGCCAUUUCCUCCCUCCUCUCCCGCCUCUCUCUCCGCGAGUCCUGCCCCUCCCCCGACCCCCUCUUCGCCCGCGCCAUCACCGCACUCAACGGGGAUCCCCCCACCGCCCUCGCCCUGUUCGUCCGGGUUCUUCCCCGAUCCAACUCCCCUUCAUGGUCAUGUUCCUUCCAUGCCCUUCUCCGCCUCCUCCUCUCCCGCGGUUAUCUCACUCUCGCCCUCGGUAUCGUCGCGCGGUGCGCCGGGAGACGGGAAGUCCAAUUUGGCUACCAUACACUAAACCUCCUCCUCGACGCACUCUGCCGCGCCGGCCGCCCCGAUGCGGCCCUCCAGGCGUUCUCCUCUUUCAAAGAUGUCUGCUGUCACCCCGAUCGCGACACUUACCGCAUCCUCAUGCGCGGCCUCUGCGAUGCAGGCCGCCUCGACGAUGCCUAUCACUUGCUCCUCUCCAUGCUCUGGCGGAUCUCCCAGAAGGGCUGUGACGCCGACGUUGUCGUUUACCGUACUCUCAUCGAAGCGUUGCACCGGGACGGGCGGAUAGCCGAUGCGGAGGAUAUCCUCACCAGAGUGCUCCUCAAGGGGCUCAAAUCCCCAAAACGCCGGCGAACAUUCUGUGGACCUGUGCUGAGCGGGCUGAACGCGGAGGAGGUCAAGCAGGUAAUCGACGAGGCGCUGGUGGUUCGAGGAGUCAAGAGCCUGGCGAGCUACAAAGCUCUGCUCGGGGAUUUGUAUGCAGAAGGGAGGCUCGUGGAUGCCCAACAAAUGUUCGAUGAAAUGAUCAAAAGUGGGUUUAGGCCAACUGUGUCCAUUUUUGAAGACAAGAUCGGUGCUUUAUGCCGCGAGGGGAAGGCAGAUGAGGCUGCAAACGUAUUGUCCGAGGAGAUGAUAGAGAAUGGCUGUGUUCCAUCUGUCCUUGCUUACAAUCUAGUCAUGGACAGACUAUGCAAGGAGGGGCAGUCAACGAGGGCAGUGGAGUACUUGAGCAGGAUGGAGAGGCAGUUGGCUUGUGUACCACAGAAGGAAACAUUCACUAUUUUGAUCGAUGGCCUGUGCGGCGAACGUCAGUACCUUGAGGCAGCGCAGAUUUUGGAGAAGAUGCUGAGGAGGAGGUAUCUACCGACCAGGGCUGUCUUUGGCAAUGUAAUCCAGGGGCUCUGUUUGAUCGGCAGGAUAUUUGAAGCCGUGCUGUGGUUAGAGGAAAUGAUCAGCCAUGGUAAGAUUCCUGAGGCAGAAAUCUGGACCUCGCUCGCUUCUCAAGUUUGUUCCGUUGAUGGAGCAGUGGAAACUUUGAUCUUAGACGUGUUGGAACACCACACUGUUUCUGAUUGAUUUCAAAUGCUUUGUUGAGAUGUAAGGCAAAGGUUUAUAAAUCUAGGAACGAAGAUCAUCCAUCACCGUGAAAGUUUUGGCAUCGAGCAUUUAACAGGAAACAAAUCAUAUAUUUUUCGUCA